AUGUUGUCAAACCUUGAAUUAUUGAAACAACGCAUUGCCAACCUUGAAGCUGAAAAAGACGAGCUUAAGGGUGAGAAUGCUGAGCUUAAGAAUGAGAAUGCGAAAUUGAAACGGAUUAUUGAGGAGAAUGCCAGGUGUGAUGCUGAGAAUGCCGAACACAAGGUCAGAAUCGAGGAAUUAGAGAAAAAUAGUGCAAAUAUUUCAGCCGAAAAUGCUGAGCUUAAAGCUGAAUUAGCCAAAUUAAGACAUGAUUUCGAUUCCUCCAACCUCACGAGGCCUCAGCAACCCCAGCAUGUUACUAAUGUGCAGAACUCAUGCUCUGUUGAAGAAGAUAUAUCUUCAGCUAAGCCUGAAAGAUGCUUCGCUUCGAAUGAUAUACCUGAUCUUGUAAUAGACUAG